CCCACGACACGAUUGCGUCCGCCGCCGCCCUCCCCUGUACCCGGACGCGGGGGAAGAAAGGACUCGCCGGCGGCAUGGACCGCAUCGUCGGGGGCAAGUUCAAGCUCGGCAAGAAGAUCGGCUGCGGCUCCUUCGGGGUCAUCUACCUCGGCACGGAUAUGGACACCUACGAGAUCGUCGCGGUGAAGAUUGAAAGUAGCAAUGCCAAGCAUCCCCAGCUGUUCUACGAGGCAAAGAUAUACAACGCCCUGCAAGGAGGAAGUGGCAUUGCGAAUGUUAAGUGGUGUGGUGUAGAUGGGGACGAAAAUGUUCUUAUUAUUGAUUUGCUGGGGCCGAGCUUAGAGGAUUUGUUUGUCUAUUGCGGCAGAAAGUUCACACUGAAGACUGUCCUAAUGUUGGCAGAUCAAAUGAUUACAAGGAUAGAGUUUAUGCAUUCCAAAGGAUACUUGCAUAGAGAUAUAAAACCUGACAAUUUUCUGAUGGGUCUCGGUCGGAAAGCAAAUCAGGUAUACGCAAUUGAUUUCGGGCUUGCAAAAAGAUACAGAGAUUCUACUACGAAUCGACAUAUCCCUUACAGAGAACAUAAGAACUUAACUGGCACUGCACGGUAUGCAAGUAGCAACACUCACCUUGGAAUUGAACAAAGUCGACGGGAUGAUUUGGAAUCUCUUGGUUAUGUUCUCCUAUAUUUUCUCCAGGGGAGUCUCCCCUGGCAAGGACUAAAAGCUGCAACGAAAAAACAGAAGUAUGAGAAGAUAUGUGAGAAAAAGAUUUCAACACCUAUCGAGGUGCUAUGCAAAUCAUGUCCGGUGGAAUUUGCUUCUUACUUUCACUACUGUCAUUCAUUGACAUUUGAUCAGAGGCCUGAUUAUGGAUUUGUGAAGCGCCUUUUUCGAGACUUAUUUACCAGCCAAGGUUAUGAGUUUGAUUACGUCUUUGAUUGGACUGUAUUGAAAUAUAAACAAGGCCAAAAGCCCCAGGGACAAAAUAUGGCUGCCAGUGCCAGAGAAGCACCUCCAACAUCAUCUAUUACUCCACCUGUUGUGCAGGGGAGAAAUGAUGGUAAUUCAAGGCACGUAGUGCGUUUUGAUGCUUUUCGUCAAAAUCAGGGUUUUUUCAGCAAUACUGGCUCAUCAAGCGCUUGUUUUCCGACAUUUCCGCACAAUGCCCCAGCAAAGUGACAUGUAGACUUAUAGCAAUGGUCACACCUAUCUUAUGGAGUUAGCAAUCAGAAAAUGCUUAAGAAGAGACCCCAGUUCUUAUAGAGUGGUUCAGAUUCAAAAAUCAUGAUGCAUAAUUCCUGCUGCUGACAUGGACACUGAUGCGUUUGAUUAUUUUUUCGAGAAAACGCAAAAAUCUUGCAUCUCGAUGCAUUGAUAGAAGAGUUAUGCACAACACAACUCCCAGGGCCAACACUCAAAGAAUUACAAUGUGACACCCUAAGUUCUAAGAAGCAGCGGAAGGAGCGCUGCCAGCGUGGCUGCCCCUCCUAACGCCCACCGUCUUGCAAUUAGCCUGGAUAGUGGCGAGCAAGCUGGCAACGUUGGGCUGCUUGUUGUCGAAUACGACCAUGCCCUGCUGCUUCCAAAUCCACAAGGCCAUGACAAGGAUGAACGAAGGGGUGCCUAGCUUCAUAGCCAGCGGGUUGGAAAUGGUGACCUGCUGCCAUCAGUCGACAAAGUCCUCCCCGAUAACCAGUUUGAUUAUGACACUGCCUGCUGAUUAAGCAAGGUUUGCUUACUGUUCUGUUGGAUGCUCCAACAGUUUGUUAAACUGUUGCUUAGAUAUGUUCCCACAGUGGCUGAUGGCAUGAAAGUUGUUCAUAUGUGUAGAUAAGUAUAAUGGACACAUUGCAAUGAUGGUGAUGUGGGCUCAUUCGGUGUCCUGUAUCAAUCCAAUUUUUGCAAGAAGACUCUUUCGUGAAUUUUCAUCGUGAUUUGAAAUAUUUUCAGCACUAGGUACUGAAGAUGCUCAAGAACUUAACAAGAGUUGCAGUGGGCUAAUCUAAGUUCAUUCUUUCUGGAUGGGGACCGGCAGGAAAUUUUCAGUAGGUUAUUUUUGAUUGCCGGAGUUAUUAACUUUCACAUAGUUACUUCUACAUGUUGAGUUACUCAUAGAUAGGAUUCAUAUGUAGCAGAGUUGUUUUUGCUAAAAACGGCUAGAAAGCAACAGAACCAAAGGGAGAUGACU